AUGCUGGAAUCUCGCUCCAACCACCGAGCGCGCGCCACUCCCAACAUACGGUACCUAACCUACCUAAACAGUGCGAAUCAGGGGCUGAAGGAGAAGGCGAAAAAGCUUAACCUCCCGUCGGCACCACCCAGCAUCCCUCCCCCGGCCGGCGACACGCACCACCCACUGCUUGCUGCUACUUACCACCACCACUUCUCAGUUUCCUAG